CAUUAAAACCCUAAAUUCAUAUUCAUUUCAGAUCCAUCAAGCAUUGUUUUCGUUUUGAUAUCCAUUUCAUUGCAAUGUCGCUUUCCAAUUCGAGAUUUCUUGUUUUCUGUCUUUUCCUUCCCAAUUUUCGACAUCCAAACCCUAAAUUCAUUCCGAGGAAGAUGUAUUCUCGAUUUCGUGAUCAUGAAGAAGAAGACAAAGACAAUCUCGUUUUCUCAUUCAACCGCUUGCUUCAUCAGAAUCCUACCCCACCCAUCGUCCAUUUCGGUAAGAUUUUAGGUUCCCUUGUCAAGGCCUACCAUUAUUCAACUGCCGUCUCACUUCAUCGACAAAUGGAACUUACCGGAGUCGCAUCAAACUUAGUCUCCUUGACCAUCUUGAUCAAUUGCUUUUCUCACUUGGGUCUCAAUUCUCUUUCCUUUUCUGUUUUUGCCAACAUUCUCAAGAAGGGUUAUCAUCCGGAUGCCAUAAUUUUAACGACAAUCAUCAAGGGUCUCUGUCUCAAUGGUGAAAUCCAUAAAGCAUUGCAAUUUCAUGACAAGGUCGUAGCCCUAGGAUUUCAUCUUAACCAAGUUAGUUAUGGGACAUUAAUCAACGGAUUAUGUAAAGUCGGAGAAACACGAGCUGCCUUGCAAUUGCUCAGACAAGUUGAUGGGAAAUUGGUUCAACCUGAUGUGGUAAUGUACAGCACAAUUAUUGAUAGUAUGUGCAAAGAUAAACUUGUUAAUGAAGCUUUUCAUUUAUAUUUUGAAAUGCUUGCUAAGAGAAUUUCUCCUGAUGUUGUCACUUACAAUGCUUUAAUUAGUGGCUUUUGCAUUGUUGGUAAAUUGGAAGAGGCAAUUGCUUUGUUUAAUAACAUGAUAUUGGAAAACAUCAACCCCAGUGUCUAUACCUUUAGUAUAUUGGUUGAUGCAUUUUGUAAGGAAGGAAAAGUGAAAGAAGCCAAAAAUGUGUUUGCUAUGAUGAUGAAAAAAGACAUAAAACCUAACAUUGUUACUUAUAACUCUUUAAUGGAUGGAUAUUGCCUAUUGAAAAAAGUGAAUAAGGCCAUGGAUAUAUUCAACACACUGACCCAGAGAGGAGCAAGUGCAGAUGUUUGGAGCUACACUAUCAUGAUAAAUGGGCUUUGUAAGAUUCAUAUGGUUGAUGAAGCCAUUAACUUAUUUGAACAAAUGCAUUGUAGAAACAUUAUUCCUAAUGUGGUAGCUUACAACUCCCUUAUUGAUGGUUUGAGCAAAUUAGGGAGAAUCUCAGAUGCUUUAAAGCUUAUCGAUGAGAUGCAUGAUAGAGGUCAACCUCCUGAUGUAAUCACUUACAAUUCAUUAUUGGAUGCUUUAUGCAAAAAGCAUCAUGUUGAAGAGGCAAUUGCAUUGUUAAGAAAAUUUAAAGACCAGGGUAUUCAACCGGAUUUGUAUACAUGUAAUGUUCUUAUUAAGGGACUGUGUCAAAGUGGAAAGCUUAAGAAUGCACAAGAGGUUUUUCAAAAUCUUUUAAUUAAGGGCUACAGUCUGGAUGUCCAUCAUACAUAUACAGUUAUGAUCCAAGGGUUGUGUGGCAAGGGUUUGUUUGAUGAAGCGUUGACAUUGCUGUCAAAAAUGAAAGACAAUGGCUGUGUUCCAAAUGCUGUAACUUAUGAAAUCAUUGUCCGUUCACUGUUUGAUAAAGGUGAAAAUGAUAAGGCAGAGAAACUUCUUCGUGAAAUGAUUGCGAGAGGUCUUCUAGAAGAUUGAAAUUAGGUACACUCUUCAUCGACGACGACGAACGUCCGGAAAUAAAGCUUGGAAGUGGAUAUACAAGUUUUAUCGAUCUAUACGCGAGUGUGAACACAAGGAGGUGUGAAAGUGUGGUCAGAAGUUCAAGAGGGUAAGUUUGCGUUGAUUCAAUAUCUGUGUUGGGAUUGGAUGGAAAUGUUGGAGCAGCGGCUUCCCUUGAGUUAGAUGGAAAACCUUUAAUUGGUAAGUCAUGUUUGGAUGUUACAACUUCUGAACAUGUGGAUUUGAAUGGGGAAGGAAAUGAAGAAAGUAAGACUGUGUGAUGGUUGCAUUGAGAGGGUUGAGCAUUCAUGUUGCCACAUUCCUAGUAAGGUGUGGAACCUAUAUUGAGCAAAGGAAACCAAACUUGAAGUAAAACUACAAUUUUGUGCAACCAUCAUAAGUUGAAAAACCUGGAUCCAUGGAUGGAAGAUAGUAGUGCUAGUAGUGAUAUUGAUUCUACUACAGAUAUAGUAUUGUUUUGAAAUGCCCAAGAGUCUCUAUAUCUAGUUUUGUUUAUUGUUUCGGAGGAUACCCUGUACUAUAUUUUUUGUGUAUACACUAACGAUCUAGUUGUACGAUGAUGCAUGGGUUCGGUAUUGAGUUACAAGUAUGGGUACAAGAUACCGAAGUUUAAAAAAAUCAAGGUACUUUUUAUAUAAUAUAACACGAGAGCUAAUUAGUUCAAAUCACAAUAAAAGAAACAAAAAACACUAAAUAUUAUAUUAUUAUGUUAAUAUGAGAAAAAUGGAGUAUCAGACAAUUACCGGUACAUGUACUAAACUGUUUAACAAUUACCCAUGCUUCAUUAUUGUACAUAUGCUUGAGGUGCUACACUAACAGUUUAU